AUGCCUAUCUCGGUGCCCUCCGCCACCUCUCUCCACGACCUGUUCAGCCUCAAGGGCAAGGUCAUCAUCGUCACCGGUGCCUCCGGACCCACCGGUAUUGGUACUGAAGCUGCCCGAGGAUGUGCGGAAAUGGGUGCCGACGUGGCCAUCACCUACUCGAGUCGUCCGCAGGGAGGUGAGAAGAACGCCAAAGAGCUCUCGGAGAAGUAUGGCGUCAAGUCCAAGGCGUACAAGUGCAACGUCGGCAGCUACGAAGAGGUGGAGAAGCUGGUCCAAGACGUCAUCAAGGACUUUGGCAAGGUCGAUGUCUUUAUUGCCAACGCCGGUCGAACCGCCGACAGCGGCAUCCUUGACGCCCCCGUUGAGAAGUGGAACGAGGUCAUCCAGACCGACUUGAACGGUGUCUACCACUGCGCCCGAGCCGUCGGUCUGCAUUUCCGCGAGCGCAAGACCGGCAGCUUCAUCAUCACCGCGUCCAUGUCUGGUCACAUUGCCAACUAUCCUCAAGAACAGACCUCCUACAACGUCGCCAAAGCCGGUUGCAUCCACAUGGCCCGCUCGCUGGCCAACGAAUGGCGAGAUUUCGCCCGCGUCAACUCCAUCUCCCCCGGCUACAUCGACACCGGUCUCUCGGACUUUGUGCCCCAGGACAUCCAAGCGCUGUGGCACAGCAUGAUCCCCAUGGGCCGUGACGGCAAGGCCACCGAACUCAAGGGGGCCUACGUCUACCUUGCAAGCGAUGCCAGCUCGUACACGACCGGCACUGAUAUCAUCGUCGAUGGUGGAUACUGCGCCCGAUAA